ACAUCUUUUUGGUCCGUGCCAUCAGUCAAAGUAGGCUAACUUUCGACUUUUCUAUUGUAAACAGCGAUGGCGAUGUUACCCUGUGUAGCUCGUAAAGUUGCAUUGCGAUCAAGGAGUUUGCUUGUACAAACAGCUACCUCAUACCAUAAAAAUGUGAUUGACCAUUAUGAGAAUCCUAGGAAUGUAGGCUCAUUGGACAAGGAUGACAAAAAUGUUGGAACAGGACUUGUUGGAGCGCCUGCUUGUGGAGAUGUUAUGAAAUUACAAAUCAAGGUAGAUGACGAUGGCAAAAUUAUAGAUGCCAAAUUUAAAACAUUUGGCUGUGGAUCUGCAAUUGCCUCCAGCUCAUUGGCUACUGAGUGGGUGAAAGGGAAAACAACUGAUGAAGCUAUGAAGAUUAAGAAUACAGAAAUCGCUAAAGAGCUGUCACUACCUCCAGUCAAGCUGCAUUGCUCAAUGCUUGCUGAGGAUGCUAUCAAGGCAGCUCUGCAGGAUUAUAAAAAGAAACAGACUGAUGAAACUCCUCCCCCUGAGGUGCAGAAGAAAGCAGCAGCAAACUAGCUUUGUCAUAGCCUCAAUCUAGGUUUUUAUUUAACAAGAUUUGGAGUUUAAUUUCUAGACUUGAGAAUGAGCUCAUAAACCUAGUUCACUUAGCUAAAUGUUACUUAUAUUAUCCCAGGUACACAGAAUAAACAUUUACUUUAAGUCAUCAUUUCAAAUCGUUUCUAGUGGCGUUCCCCUUUGUUAAACCAGAUUUGGAAACUUAACAGCUAUACAUUAUUAUAAUCUUGUACUAACAUAGUGGCAUUGUGUAUUUUUUAUGUCAGUAAAACUCCAUUGUUUACUAACUUAAUUUCCUGUACAUAUUGUCGUGUAAAUACAUUAUUUGAAGGAAACAAA